AUGUCCACCACCGUACAACAACCCAUGCCACGCUAUUUUUGCUAUGCUUGCAAUGACGAAGUUCCUAUCUACAUGACUCCUGAUCCCACGUGUCAACGCUGCAAUGAUCAGUUUGUACAAGAAGUUGAGUCUGGCAGCAACGACCCGCGUAGGUUCUUCGCAAGGGGUGACGAUGAUAAUGAUGAUGAUGAUGAUGUCAAUACUACAAGGAGACGACGCAUGCGACCCACAGGUUUCUCGCCCUUUGACAGUGUCGAAGCUGAAUUCUUUGCCUUUGCUCGACAAUCUUUUGAUGAUCGUGAUCAUCAUCAUCAGCAAGAAAGAUCCUAUAUCAUGUCACCCACCAUGGAUCCUGAGAUGCUACCAGAAUCGGUUCGUAAUUGGAUGUCAUCCAUAUUCGACACCUCAACGCUAGGACGAGGAGAGCCACCCUAUAACCUUUAUUCUGGAACGACCCACCAUCAUCGAGAGACCAUGAAUGACCAUAAUAAUCCAUCAUUUCAAACACGAUCAACCGCCGCGACCACCGAAAAUGAGCAGCUUCGUCCCAAUGUCUUUCACAGCGCUUUAUUUCAGUUCCUGCAUGGGAUGGUGAUGCCAAAUGAUGGUUUUGCAAGCAACCUUGACGACUAUGUUUUCUCUCAAGAUGCUCUCGAUCAAAUCAUGACGCAACUGAUGAGUCAAAGUAAUGGCAACGCACCCCCACCGGCGCCUGCCAAUGUUAUUGAGUCGUUGCCUACACGGAAGCUGAAUCAAAAGGAAAUUGCUGAAAAGGCGGAUUGUGCAGUCUGCAAAGAUGAAUACGAGCAAGAGGAUCAUGUGAUUGAACUUGAAUGCAACCAUGGUUUCCAUCCCGAUUGUAUCAAACCAUGGCUCAAGAUCAAUGGAACUUGUCCUGUAUGUCGCAAAGUGAUUGAUGGCUCCAAAGAUAAGCAAGAUAGCAAUGGCAACAAUAAUAGUAGUAACAACAACACUGCGGGUGGUGGUCGAGCAGCAUCAACAAGUACAAACACGAUAUCCGCUUUAUUUGAUACCACACGUCGACUUUUUGGUCAUGGGACAUCAUCAGAAACACGCCAUAACACCACCACUACUAGUACCAUGCCUGGUUCCUUUAUCAACACAAAUCAUCAACACGAGACUCCUACUCCUCGACGACAACGCAGAUUUGACCCCAAUUCGGAUUACAUGAACCUUGAUCUCGAUUAG